GAUAGUCCGAGACGACCAUGGCUUAAUGUCAACAAUGAUUCGAGUCUUCCAUAAUAAUCUUCGGAGCCUGUUCGGGAGACUCGAUAGGGCAGUUGAGGUACGAAACGUCGUAUUAUCACUCGGUCGCACGGACUCACUCGCAACUACUUGUAUAUGUCGGAUCUUGUUGAGUCGGUACUUGAUAUCUCGGAUCUUGUUGUGUGUCGGAAAAUAGUAAAUUGAGAGAAUGGAAGCUUUGUGUAUUUCACUUCACCCGAGGCUAUGCAUCGUACGCCUGUCUGUUGCUUGCGAAUCGCACUGCGCCCCAUGCGUGUGGGUCUCAAUUACAAAAAAUAGAAAUUUUUUGUGAAGUCUCCAAAUCUCCAAAUUCAAGUCUGGUUUGAGUGAGACCCCUUGAGGUCCUGUGAUGAUCGACCUCGUAAUCGAUCUCGUGAUCGCUCGAAAGAAUGAGAGAAGUUGCCCCGAGCUUAUUUUUGUGAAGAGGAGCAAUACUAUGGUUCCAAUCUUUAUUGCAUCUCCGUUUUUUUCAAACAUCUUGACAAUUUUGUUUUUUUUUUAAUAUCUUCAAUCAUGGCUGUAGUUAGUAUCUUGUUCUUUUCAUAUCUACUUGGCCCCUACUUACUUUGUAACAAAUGCAAAAGAAUUUUUCUCACACAUAAGAACGAGCAGCAUUAGAUAUUACAUCUUCUACUUGGCAUUACAUCAAUAUCUGCACAGAUUCAUUGCAAAGAAAUGAAACCUCUGUUUCCAUCCAAAAAGUCUAUGAGAGUCUUUCUUUCGUAGUCAGGGCUCUACCACAAGUAUAUGAUAAUGGUGAUCGAAGAUGUCGUAUCCUGAACAUGGUGGUCGCAUGUUUGUAGAGUCCGAACAGGGUGCCAAGCGCCGCAUCGUCGAGACAAGCCCAGUUCCUGCAAGCAAAACAAGCUCAAUAUCGACUUCGCCGACGCCCUCGUCUUUCAGUGGUACCACGAAUAUCCAGAACAUGUUGCCGGGGAUGGGAAAGAACAAAGUCGAUGGCAGUACGAAUGUUACGGCUUGCAGAAAUGCAUCUUACCCAGCAUCCGGUGCCUGUUUCCGAAGGGAAAACAGACUACACCAAGAUGCUCUACGAGAUGGAUUUUUUCCAGGUCUAAUAGGGGGGACUCGGGAGGUGUACUCUUGGGCCUCGUUCCAGGUGCUCUGCCAACGCCAUUGUCUCCCUCGCGGCGGAACCUUCGCCUCACAUCCGAGUCCCAGAAGCGAGCUAGCGAGUAUCUGAUGUUGUUUUUAGAAGAAUAGUAGCUAGACUUGUCAACUACGCGCUGUUGAUGAUGGAGAAUGAAGAUCAUUCGAAGUGCACUGACGAUGAUGUCAACAGCAUGUUUUUAGAAGAAACUACAGGAACUACUUGCUGUAACAGAUAUUCGACGUAAGAAGUUUAUUUCUAUCCUUUGCCUUCGCGGCACCUCUCCACCCUGUUCUCAGCCCCAUCCAUCUUUUUAUCACAUUCAUAAUCUUGCCAACAAAACCUUUGAGGGCGCAACCACCGUUGGUAUCGCAGCAUCGCAGUGAAAGCGGUCUGACGCCUCUUUCCCAAUCGGAUUCGGAACAGGCAGUCCAACAUUAUGAAGCAGGACCUCUUACUACUCCAUCGCAAGAAGUGCAGGACAACAUUGCUGUAUCCGAGGGAGAUGUAGAGAUGGGAGAGCACAACUCGGCACAACAGGUUGACCAUGCUGUUGAUGAAGUCGCACACCUAGAACAAGAUGACUCAAAGGAAGCCGAACUAGAUCAUGCUUUGAUGCAAAUCGUAGACGAGCAAGGACAACAUCAACAAGAGGAAGGACACGAAGUAGGACAAGAAAAUAUUGCGGGAGAAGUGUUACACGAAGAGCCAUGGAUUAUGCCAUGGCGUGCAGCCUUGGGAGCAGCGCGGCAACAUCAACGUCGGGCUUUCCCAGAGAGGAACCAGCAACAGCACCGCCUUCAAAUUCAUAGACAGCAGGUAGUCAUGUUGAUUUGAAUUUUGACUUGGAAUCUUCUUUGAAUCAAUUGCAUAUGAGAAUUGUCAAACUAUUGAUGUUGGUCCAUGAAGAUAAGGUGAUGUUGGUCCUACUACAUCAUCUAUGAUCUCUGGUCAUACUUCACUUCGUGAUGGAGGACCUAAGAUGUAGGUGGACCUAAGAUGUAGUGGCUCAACUACUACAUCUGGACCUAGUACUUCGUUGCAAAAUCAAAUAGAACAGAUGUUAGUCCAUGAAGAUAUGGCAUCAUCAUCUUGUACUCUACUCCUAGAACGAACAGGCGGCCCGUGCAGGCCCGCUGCCUGGUCAGGGGUGGGAUGCGCGGAAGAGGGGUGCGCACUUCAGAAAUCAGAUUGACGAAGCCAGUUUUGAUGGUGGAGGCGGCCAUAAUUUUUUCGCAAGCGACGUUUUCUAUCUGGAUUUCAAUGCCGGAGUUGAGAAAUCCUAUGGCCGCAAGAAGCGUGGAGGCGGCGGCGGUGCAAACAACGCCAGCAGCAGUAGCAAAUCAUCGACUUCUUCUGCUAAUACUUCUACGAAAAAUCAGAAUGAGAAUCAGGAUUCCACGUCGUCUGCGUCCUCGACAAGUAAGGGUGGCGCAGUGUCCUCGUCCUCGUCCGGGCAGGCUGUUGCAAGCUCCUCUGAAAUGUUUGCGACGGGAGGAGUGGCGUUUGUGAGCGUCACGCCGGCUGCAAAUUAUGAAAAUGUGAUGUCCUUCUUUAUAAUGAGUUUUUAGAUUUGCGUACUGACAUUGAGUAAGUAAAUGAACAGACUGUGCAUGCCAGCAGGUAUUUUCCCUGUGAUAUGGAUCAUCAGGAAAGAUUCUCAUCGUGAUAACGUCCCUACUUCAGAUAUAUAUUUUUAAGACACAUACAUACAUACAUACAUACAUACAUACAUACACACAUACAUACAUACACACAUACAGACAUACACGCACACACGUACACACACACACGCACGCACAUACAUAUACAGACAUACACACAUACAUACCUCAUACCUCCACUUUCGUACUGUAGAGGGACAGGAUCCCUCGGUAGUUAUAUGUCUUGUCAGCUUUUAUAUGAUCAUGGCAUCCCUUUCCCUUUCCGUCCUUCAUACUUGAAAAGAGGAGCAGCAGCUUGAUGACUCAAGACAGAAGCCUCGCUUUCGUGACCGUAAUCAGAGUGGUGGACUCCUUGGGGCGUCCGCAGGACUGGAGCAGUUAAGGCCUCACUUAAUCCAUCUUUUAGCUCAUCUGUAAGCUGUCUUCAAGUAGAAAAAUGGACACAGGUGGGGAACGAGAUGCCUUGUAGUGAGUUCUAAAACAAGAAGACACGCAGGAAGAGCCACCACAGCAGCAGCUGCCAAUUGAUCCGCAGCCUGAGCCGAGACCUCUGGCUCCGACGGCAGACGACUCGUCCUGUCAAGCGGGCGGACGUGGCUGCUCCAAGAAAACGCCUGAGCGCUCGUCGCCAGGACAGUUUGCUGGUAUAGCUAUGUAUAUUUGUAUUUUUGUAUCAGCUGCGUUCGUGUGGAUUCAUAGAAAAGGCAAUCUGAAUCCCUACAUUUUUGUAUUUCGGAACUUGCUUUGAUGGUGAGAGAACUGAGAAUGAUAUCAUCGAUCUUCGUUUGGAAGCAUCAUGAAGAACCCUAUUUCAUGGCACACUAUUUCAUAGUUUUCUUCUAUACCUGUACCUAGACCGGGUACACCACUACUACUACUACUACUACUACUACUACUAAUACUACUUCUACUACGACUACUACUACACCUAGGCACCCACAAGAAUAAGAAUACUUUGGUGCUUCACAUAUGCGCCCUGGAUAUAUAUUCAAGAACUCUGGUUAUCAAGAAUAAGAAAAUUCUGUUGCCGUGGAUUUUGGUGCUUUCUUUCAACAGCUAAACACGACUAGAUCCUUAUUCUCGUGGGUGCCUACUACUGCGCUUGUUCAUGCGCUUCAAGGUGGUGCUACUACUACUGCGAUUGCUACUACCUAUUUCAUGGCACAUCGAACGCCCUGCAUUUAGGUCGCUGUCAAUUCUGUGGGAAACCUAUCAUUCGUGGGAGCCUUCGUGUGGUUGAACGCGUGCCUUAUCGAGGAGGCGGAAAAAAUUAAGAAAACCACUUAUUUUCACGCUCACGUCGACGCAAGUAGCGCGAUACUUUGGAUCGAAAAUAAAAAAGCAUUCUGCUCGCCCUUCAAAAUAAGAAGUCUUCCAUCCCCCAUUUAGUAAUUUAGUUACGAAUUUUUGAAAAUACGAUAGUAACUCUACUCUUACAUCACCCGCUCUACCAGGGCUGGUUAUCUCAUCAUCAUAACUCUAAUUCAAGUUUUUCCAUCCGGAGUGCUUCUGUGACCUGUUUGGGACCGAGCUAGAUCUCGUCGACUUGUCGUCUAUUGAGGUACCAGAGCAGGUUGAGGAAAUGCGCUUGCGUGCUAUUUUGAAGCGCAUGAACAAGGGAACACAGUGAUGCAAACUGGCCUCUCUGUUGUUUCUACAAGGAGAAAGACGGAAAAGUUUAAGUAAGGGUAACAUCUUCUACUGGUCCGGUAAUUGAUAUCGUCUGUUACAACAUUAGAGGAUGAUAGGUCUAGGUGGACGAACUAAAUGAACUUAGAAUGAUUGCGAACAAGAAUACCACAUCCCUUCUAUAUCAUUUAUAGGUGUUCGAUUUUCACUUAUGUCUUCAAAUGAACUAAGUUGUUGAAAGGUUUCGCGCUCUAAAAGCAAGAUAAUGGUAUAUUCGGUUUCCCCAUAGUCAUUGCUCUUACUUGAAAAUGGUAAUGUAGUUAGGUAAGAAAAAGAUGCAUUUUGAACUUAACUUGUCAUCGCGCGUAACUUGUCCAGCAUUAGCCUGACCUUAGAUGUCUACUAAUUUUAUGAACUACUUCAACGGAGCGACUAUUACAGGUGGCUCCCAUGAAGAUUUUUUCUCGAUAUUUGUUACACAGUUGAAUAAGGUUUAAGAAGAUUUCUAAUUUAUGAACUACUUGACAUUCGAAGUAUAAAAUGAACUGUGUUUAGUCUGUGAUGUAGAAUAGUGCAUUAUUUCAUUCGCCUGAAGCUCACAAGACAAGGACCACUGAAGUAUAUUGCAGGACGAAUGUUAAAGAACUUCUUGCACAGAAGAAUAGACGAGUCUACUGACGACGAGAUUGGUCCAACGAGAAUCAAUUUUUGUGAACACCUCUUGAAUCUUGACGCUGCUGGUGCUUGAUGUCAUAAUACUAGAAGAGAAUAUAAUAGUUGGAUUUGAAGACUUACCAGAAGAAAGUAACGUUUGCCGCAUACAAAUUUUUGUAACAGUCGUGGGUCUCCUUCGUCGAGAACUUGUUUGAACUAGAAAUCGUUGUCUUUCAUCUCAGCGAGCUCCCGCAUGAGCCUCAGUCUUACACCCAU